AGGAAAAUGAAUGUCAUGAUGACAUAUCUCUGCUGCAUAGCUUCUUCAGAUACAUCACAAGAGGAAGGAAAACGGUUGUUUCAUCUCUUUUCCACUCUUAUAUUGCUGCCCUCUGCCUUUCACACUCCUUAUAUGGGAAAGGAAUUAGUUGCGCGAACAAGGGCGGAAACGCGGCGCGGUGACAGCUGGGUAAAUUCACCGACAUACAGGAAGAAAUAGACGAAGCCAGUCUGCCCUGCGAGCCCGCACACCGCACACUCCCACGGCGGAAUUGACAGAGAUAUAAAAGACCAAAUCACUGCUUGAUCAGUUUAGCAGGUAUGGCCGAGUUGGCGAGUCUGGUGCAGCGGCUGGAGGUGGCGGUGGGUCGCCUGGAGUCCAUGUCAGGCCCUGGAGGCAGUGCUGGAAAUUCUGCUGGGGGAGCUGUAUCAGUGUACGUCGAGGCCUUUGACGAGAUCGUCAGCGGUCCUGUGGCCCAGUACUUCUCCCUCAGCCAGCAGAUUGGGGGUGAUGUCCAGAAACAUGCAGAAAUGAUGAAGCAGGCAUUCUCCUGUGAGAGAGAACUCCUCAUAAAAGCCUCUUCCUCCCAGAAGCCCUCUGAUGCAGUUUUGACGACUCUCCUGCAGCCGGUGUCCAAAGCAAUCCAGCAGGUGCAGACGUUUCGUGAGCAGAACCGCACCUCACCACUUUUCAACCACCUCUCUGCUGUGAGCGAGAGCGUGCCUGCCCUCGGAUGGGUCGCCAUGGCUCCUAAGCCAUGCCCCUAUGUUAAAGAGAUGCAGGAUGCCGCCAUGUUCUACACCAACCGUGUGCUCAAGGAGUACAAGGAAAAGGACAAGACGCAUGCGGACUGGGUGAAGGCCUAUGUCUCCAUCUGGACUGAGAUGCAAACCUACAUCAAAAAACACCACACCACCGGACUCACCUGGAGCACGAGUGGCCCCGUAGCUUCAGCCUCUGCAGCUCCCCCCAGUGCUCGUGCUGGUGGAUGUCCUCCCCCACCUCCCCCUGGACCUCCUCCUCCCCCCGUGGACUUCAGCGGACCCUCUAGUGGCGGUGGCGAUACUGGUGCUGACACUCGGAACGCUUUGUUCGCCUCCCUCAACAAAGGAGCCGACAUCACCAAGGGCCUGAAGCAUGUGGGCGACGACCAGAAGACCCACAAGAAUCCUUCCUUGAGGAGUCAGGCUGCUCCAAUACGUACCGGACCAAAACCUUUCGCUUCCACCACUCCCCGACCUGCUGCGUCCGCCACCCCGACCCGCACGCUGCCCCCUGUGUUGGAGCUGGAGGGGAAGAAGUGGAAAGUGGAGAACCAAGAGGGAGUGCAGGACCUGGUGAUCAACGACACUGAGCUGAAACAAGUGGUUUAUGCUUUCAAGUGUAACAAGAGCACCCUGCAGGUCAAGGGCAAAAUCAACUCCAUCACUGUAGACAACUGUAAGAAAAUGGGCCUGGUGUUUGAUGAUGUCGUGGGCAUCGUAGAGAUCAUCAACUGCAAGGAUGUUAAGGUCCAGGUGAUUGGUAAGGUCCCCACUAUCUCUAUCAACAAGACGGACGGUUGCCACAUCUACCUGAGCAACGACUCUCUGAGCUGUGAGAUCGUCAGCGCCAAGAGCUCAGAGAUGAACGUCCUGGUACCCAACAAAGACGGAGAAUUUACGGAGCUCCCUGUUCCUGAGCAGUUCAAGACUGUCUGGGACGGCAAGAAGCUCGUUACCACAGCAACAGAGAUCGCCGGAUAGACAGAGGCAGCAUAAGAAAUGGCCGCCCCUCCUCGACACCAUCCCCACCCUAUUUUUGCAAAUGCCUUCCCGAGUGAUCGACCACCCCACCAGCUAACUCUCACACUGUAGACUGAGAUUUGGACCUCAUGCGUUUUAUCUCCCGCCCUUCUUUCUUUAUCAGCCAAUCACAGCUUAAGCUGUCCCUUCCAUAAGCCAAUGAGAGGACUGCUCACUUUAUCUGGAGCAAAUCCUCCAGCCAAUCAGCAGGGAGCAGCUUGUCAUUCAAAUUUGGUUUUCCCUGUGAGCCAGUGAGCACUUUUCAAAAACAUUCAUGAGUUUUGCCAAUAGCUGGGAUGCUCUGUAUGAUAUAUAUUUUUUUUUAAUCUAUCUGGAUAAUGCUAAGCUAAACUUAACAUGUAGAAUAGCCAACAUGGGAACAGGGAAAUUGAUCCCUCUGCAACAAAAGCACUGCAGCCAAUCAGGCUCUACUAUCAGGAUGCUUCAGGCUAUUAUUCUUUUCUUUCUCCUCUUCCUGGUCCGGAGGGGCUGGUGUUUUUUAAGUUGUGGCCUGAUAAGUUUCUGUUCCGUUAUAUGCAAUUCACUGGUGAAGCACUUGUCGAACACAGCCCUUUUUAUAGAGGAUAAUGGCAUCCAUAUCACCUCCGCUGAUGUUGACCGUAACAAUAUUAACAUUCAUAGUGGAUAAUAUGAAAAACAAAAUGUUGACAGACUCAGAGCACAUAAAUAGGAGUAAAAACAAAACCACUGUCUAUUUCACAUCAUGAAAACUCAUCUAGAUGAUGUUGGAAUAAAUCCAUGUGCUUUCCAUUAAACCCACACAUAGGACAUUCCUGAGUAUUUAAAAAAAAAACAUUCCAUAUAAGGAGGCAUGUAAGAAAAAGUUUGUGAUAAAGAGCAAAGAGAUGUUGAUACAAAGUAGAAGAGACUGAAGGACAUAAUCAUUGAUUGUUGUUAAAUGCUUCACCUCCACCUCAGUCUCUAGAUUGGAAAUAUCUGCUGUAAUCAUCUGUAUAGAUAUGAAUAAUUAUGGAAUAGUCUUAAAAUAUUAGCCCGACCAUCAACGUCUGUCCACUCGCUCCUAGCCAUGUCUGCACUCUUUGAUCAGCUCUUGAAGCUCUUUGCUGAAUUUUUUUAUAUUGUCUCCCUUUCUUUUACCUCUUUUUUUUUUUUGGGUCCAAAAUCAGAAUCUGUUCAUUAGUACUGGAGACAUCAUUAAAAAUCUUGCAAUAAAA